UAUGGUGGUUACGGAAUGGGUGGCUGGGGAGGAUAUCGCCGUCCUAUCCCUCCUGGUAUGUUCGGUGGUUAUGGUAUGGGCGGGAUGGGAAUGUAUGGCAUGGGAAUGUACGGAAAGUAGGACGCAUGCUUCACUAGGGGCGGCACAUCUUGUAAUCAUGUCAAUAAUCCUGUGUGAAAACUAAUA